GUAGAAUACAUGGGGUUUGAUAAUUCCUGGAAUAUUGUCUUUGUUCUGAAUGCUUAUAUAGUGGUGCCCAAAAUUACUCCUAUGAAAUACCUGAUUUGUCUUCCUUUUAUUGUAUGUGGCUGUUCUGUGGGCACUACUGUAAUACUGCACUCUGGAAUUAAAAUAAAAACAUCAUGCUGUGGCUGUCACUUCUCAGAGUUGUUAAUACUAAUAUUUAUAUUGGCUCUACACAAAUUUAGCUCAAGUUCUAGAUGAUUGCUGUACAAACUUGUUUUCAAACAAACUGGAACACCCCAAACACUUUAAGAAAUAGAAGCCAUUUUGAAAACCUAUUGGACUUGUAUUUUAGCUAUUUAAAAUCAUGAAAUACAACAUUUUUGGGACAGACAGUAUCACAAAGCAAAGUAGUAGCUUUUUACUUUGCCUGAUUCUUUCAAUGUUAGUAAUUCUGUAUUUCCAGUUAAGUUAGGACUUGUAAGCUUUGUGUAUGCUAUUUGGGUGUUGUAAGUUGAACUUUAAGAUGCCAGCUAAAAGUCAGUUUCCUUUUAGGUAAAAGUUUGGUGAAUAGAAAUUAGUAGAUAAAUAAACUUUGCAUAUAGUGCUGCUGUCUGUUAUUCUUAAAGUUCUUCUUUCUUCCUCAGGACAGGACUGUGCUGUUUGCAGCCUUAUUGGGUAAGUCCACACAACAGAUUAAUUGUGUUUAAAAACUUCUGGAAAUAUUUGUAGCCACUGAUGAAAUUGAUUCUGCCAAAUGAGUUACUGUGAUAUUACCCUUUCCGUUCCACUUCUGUCUGAGGUUACAAAGCUGUUGAGGAGCUUUUAGCAGUUGUUCUGCUGCAUAUGCUAACUGUGUUUUCUUGAUUUAGGUGAAGAGGCAACUCAAACUGGCAUAUGAAGAAUUGAGAAGAGUAAAGUAUUUCUCCAUUUUACCUGUGCUCUGCUUGGGUCAAACAGGAACAGCAGGAGUGUGUUUGGAGGAGCAGAAGCUGCUUGGUCUUUACCCGGGAGCCAUAGGCAUGCAAAGUCACGGGCUGGGGUGAGGGACAUGGAUCCGUCUGUGUGUCCCAGAGCAGGGACACUGCACUGUUAUUGGGAGUGCUUCCAGCACCUCGGCAGGGCUGUGAGGACACUGGAUAAUUACGGAUACCUCAAACCAGCCUUAUCUCUUGCACAGAGCAUGAGCGCUCGAUGGCACCCCGAAAGAAGUUAAAGGGUCUCGUAGCUGCUACCAUCACUCCAAUGACUCCGGACGGAAAAAUUAACCUCCCAGUGAUUCGUCAGUACGUGGAUUAUCUGGUAAAUGAGCAGAAUGUGAGGAACGUUUUUGUGAAUGGCACAACAGGAGAAGGCCUCUCCCUUAGCAUCCAGGAGAGGAAGCAGUUGGCAGAAGAAUGGAUGUGCCAGGGAAAAGACAAAUUGGACCACGUGAUCAUUCAUGUGGGAGCACUGAAUCUGCCAGAGUGCCAAGAGCUGGCAAGACACUCAGCAGCCAUAGGUGCUGAUGGCAUUGCUGUCAUAGCCCCCUUCUUCUUCAAACCCACAAACAAAGAUGAGCUGGUUGCUUUCUUACAGAAGGUUGCAUCUGAAGCCCCUGAGGUGCCAUUUUAUUACUAUCACAUUCCUCCUCUGACGGGUGUGAAGAUUCGUGUGGAGGAGCUGCUGGAUGGGAUAAAAGCACAGAUCCCCACCUUCCAGGGUGUGAAGUUCAGUGACACGGACCUCUUGGACCUGGCACAGUGCAUCCACAAGAAUGGAACAGGGGAGUUUGAAUUUCUUUAUGGGGUGGAUGAGCAACUGUUGGGUGCACUGGCACUAGGGGCAAAUGGAGCAGUUGGAAGUACAUACAACUAUUUGGGCCGACAAACCAAUCUGAUGUUGCAAGCCUUUGCAAAGCCAGACUUUACCUUGGCACAGCAGUAUCAGUUUCUCACUGGGGAAUUUCUCAACUUUGUCAUCAAACUGGGGUUUGGUGUUGCACAGACUAAAGCUGUAAUGACUUCUGUCUCUGGCAUUCCCAUGGGACCUCCACGGCUUCCGCUUGUUGCUGCCUCCAGUGAGUUCAUUGCAAAGGCCAAAGCCAAGCUGGACAGCAUUGUGUGGCCUAAUGGUGACUGAUCAUGGAGUCCUGGAAUCAUUACAUGGAGAAAGACCUCUAGGACCACCAGGCCCAACCACUAACCUGACACUCCUGAGUGCACCACUAAGCCACAUCCUCAAGUGCCACGUGUAUGAUGUUGUUCACUUCAUGUCCAUCUGGAGGUUUCUUUUCUGGGAUUCUCUGCCAUGUGACACAUCCCCCACAUGAUGGGCAGGAUUUCUUUCAGGGAACUGGCAAUGUGCCCAAGCCCCUUCCUGUCAGGGCUGGCUUUGCUGGGGCACAUGUGCCUGACAUUUUACACUGCUCCCCUGGAGCUCUGCACGUUCCAGGACUGACUGGGACUGUUUAAUUAAAAAAUAGCAAAUUUUUCCCAGUUGGAGGAGAAUGCUGAUGACUUUUGCCUAGAAAGGAGGAAGAUCUGUCUCUACUCCCUCUCAGCUGGAUGGUGUUUUGUCCUCUCCAUGAGGACACUACAUUGUGGAUUUAAACAACAGUAUGACACCAUCAGGUUGCUCAGGCUGGUAUCUGUUCAUCAGAGUCACUGGGACAUUGUCUGUGCAUGUAAAAUCCUGCUUCUGUCUGAUCUCUGUGUUUCUACAUCUUAAUACAAAAUUAAAAAAAGAAGUCCCUUUUGUGACA